AUGGAAUAUCUCAUCCGCUUCAUUCAGAUGCAUGAGACGUUCAGAAAGCCGGAGACUGACGCCCUCGCCGACUUGAACGGCUUCAAAGUGGAAUGGAUUUCGUACUCUGACGAUUCGCCCUUUGCAAUCAUCCGCUUUCCAGACGACAUAGACCAUGACACCGCAGCCAAGGCCCUCAUCUCGCGCUCUAUCAUGACCUAUGCAAUCUACGAGCUCUGGGGAACUGGCUGCGAUUACGAAGCUCUCCACAAGGACAUCCGCAAACGCACAGAACACCUCUGGGAGCAAUACAGAAACCUUUCAUUCCGGUUCGAGAUCGACAGUUUCCACGGCAGCCGAUCACACAGCGAACGGCGAGACAUUAUGGAAUCUCUCGGCUACAUGGAAUUCAAAGGCCCGAUUGUCAUGAGAGAUCCUGAUCACCACUUCACCAUCUUUGAGGACUUCAAGCUGGAUGCAAAAUCGCCUCAUCAACUGCACUUUGGCCGCCGCGUUGCUGAGAGUGGACGGGGAGCGAUCACGAAGUACAAUCUCAAGAAGCGGAAGUACAUUGCCACGACGUCUAUGGAUGCUGAGUUGUCACUUGUUACCGCGAAUAUGGCUCAAGCCGCCCCUGGCAGAUUGGCGUAUGACCCCUUCAUGGGCACGGGCUCCUUUCCACUCGCAUGCGCACACUUCGGAUCUACUGUCUUCGGCAGCGACAUGGACGGGCGAAGCGUGCGUGGCAAGAAAGGUCGAAAUGUCAAGACGAAUUUUGAACAGUAUAGCACUUCAUCUCUGUACCUAGAUGGCUUUGCGGCGGAUCUUACCAAUACGCCUCUUCGACAAAACCGGUACCUCGACUCGAUAGUCUGUGAUCCACCCUAUGGCGUUCGAGAAGGUCUCAAAGUCCUGGGCAGCUUGAAGCCAGCUUUGCAGCAAGAAGUUCUUCUGUGGAAUGGACAGCCAGCUCACCUCCAAAGCGAUUACAUCCCACCCAAACGACCCUACAGCUUCCUUCGCAUGCUUGACGAUGUCCUCGAUUUCAGCAGCACGAUGCUCGUCGACGACGGCAGACUAUGCAUGUGGAUGCCCGUCGCAGGUGCCGUGGACGAAGAAGAAGCCGAGCAAACCGAGACUGGUCCUCAAGAAGCCCCUGAACAGCAGGAAGAGUACGACAUCCCGCAGCAUCCGGCUUUGGAGCUUGUGAGCUGUUGCACGCAGGACUUCAAUAAGUGGUCAAGACAGCUGCUCACGUAUCGGAGACGUCGCGAUAGUGAGGUGGAUGCAGCGAGUCUAGCAGCGUACCGGAUGCAGAGGCUUGAUUUGCAAGUCAACGGCAGCAAGAAGAGUACGGCUGAUGAGCUGAAUGACUUUCGACGGAAGUAUUUUCAAGGCUUCAAAGAGCGCACUUGA